AUGACACAGCAACCACCCACGGGAGUGGACCAGGCUGGGCUUCUGAUCCCAUCUCAGCAUCAGCAUCAGCAUCAGCAUCAGCAGCUGCCUUUACCCACUCCCUUGUCUGCUGGAUCUACACCUACCCCUGUAACUGACGGUGCCCUCGGGCAUCCUGGUGCGACUGAUACCAUCAUGCAGGAUAGUACUCCUACGAAUGCUUUCUCUCCGACAAUGCUGAAGGGUAUUGCGGCUUCUGCACUGGAACAACCAUCACAAUCUACUCAUCCUUCUGUCCAACCGACGUCGCCUUUCCUUCAAAAUCAACAACCAAUACCUCAUCCUCCUCCUGCUGCUCACCAUGCCUCUCACCCUCACUUGAAACUUGCUACGAACUUUUCUCCUGUCCUUACCGGGAAACUACUUCCUGCAAAUCCCUAUCAUGCCGAGUCAACCGUCCCUACACAACAACAAGCCAACAUGGGCUCCCAAGUCCCAAAACUCGUGGGGCACUCUACGACGCCCAGCCUUCCUCCUCAACCACUACAACAGCAACAGACCGCUCAAUUUACCCGUCAAGUCCCGGGAACCACCGCUGGAAAACGUCCCAGCAUGCGCCAGGUCUCGGACGCUCAGGAUGACAUGACGAGUGCGGAACGAGCCGCCCGAACCCAAAAGAUCCGAGACAUUAUUAACGAACAAUUCGGGCUGGAGAUCCUGCUGAAACACAGAGAGUUGCAAGAUAUUGAAGCUGAACUGGGAAGAGCCGAAGCUUGCCUCGAGCAAAUCCGACGAUGCUCUAUCGAAGAGGCUAUGGAGAAGGACGGACGCUUCGAUGACCCAUCUGGAAUUACAUUGGGCUAUGCGCCGGCUCCGGAAGUUAUGAAUGGACCUUACUCUCGGGAUUAUAGGGACUGGUUGAUGGAGGAGAGGGUUCCUCCUGCGAGGUCUAGAUAUCACGACGUUCUCGCAAAGGACCAAAGCCGUAACUUUACUACUCAACGACGAGGCGAACCACCUCAACCACUUCUCCCUCAAGCUGGGAGACCACAAAGGGAGAUUGCCGCCGCUGCGGCUGCCGCGCAGGGUCAGAAGCGAUCUACAAUCUGUCUUCAUCGUCAGCCCGAUGGGACUGUUGUUCGCCUCACCUGCAUUGACUGCAAACGUGACCAGUUCGGAUCCAUGCAAGGGUUCAUUAACCAUUGCCGACUUGCCCAUCAACGUGACUUCCAGACGCAUGAUCACGCUGCUGCGGUUUGCGGCGGUCCUUUUGACCUUACCGGGUUCACUGGUAGUCUUCCUCCUCCUCGUAGCAACAAAGCUUCUAAGAACGUCAGCGCUUCUGCUCCCGCUGCCCAAAGAAGUACUAAAUCCGGUCCAAAUACGAAACCAUCUGCUUCGAAAAACUCCGCUACAAAGAUUUCCGCCGCGAAAGCCCCUGGUGCAAAAGGCCUUGCUAAGAAUGCCUCCAAGAAGAAGACUGGUGCCGCUGCCGCUGCCGCUGCCGUUGCCGCCGUCGCUGAUGAGAGUUCACUGAUGUCGACAGGUCCGCUUACUCCACCACUUCAAGCGGAGGAUAUUGCCCUCCGAAAGACUAUUCAAACAUCUCACCUCAAGGAGUACUUGGGGAAGAAAAGGAUUGAUGUCGAUAAUUUGGAUAUGAUGGUUGAAGAGGCUGUCAACAGGGUUGGAAUUGUCGAGGAAGAGAGCGAGGCCGACGAUGAAGCUGAGGAGGAAGCUGUUGUCGCUCCCACUACCAAACAGAAGAAGCAAAAGGCUACUCCAAAGGCUACCUCAAGAGCUACUCCAAAGGUUGCUGCCGCUACUACUACUAUGAAGGUUGGUGAGCCACAGGCUGCGCCCCAACCGGAAGUUCAGCCUACUCCACCAGCUGAAAUUCCUCAAGUUGAGCCCCCAGCAGCUUUUCGCCAACCUGCUCAUACCGAUGUUGCUAUGAUGGAUCUUACGAUCGAUACUAGCGUUGGGAAUACGGGAAAUGUUAUCUCUGCCAACGACCAAAUUACUCCAGGUAGUGGUGCUGCCGACUCUGCUUAUGAAGGGAGUGAAGCUAUUGUUGACCUUUCGGAGCCAUCGAUUCAAGUCGUUAUCCCUGCCAGAGGUGAGGAGGGGGAGCAAUCACGUCCUGUUUCUCGCCGAUCUAACCCUGGGUCGUCCCGUCAAUCUCCCCGUACUCCGGUUGCCCCCACCCUCCCUACCCGUAUGGGAACGAGAGCUCAUCCUUCACCUGAGAAUGAGAGUUCGAAUACUACCCGUUAUAACACUCGACUUGCCGACGCCGGCAAAGCGAGCCCUAGUCCCAAGGCCGGGUAG